UCUCCUAACUAGGUCUCAUUCAUUCAUUCAUUCCUUCUUGUUAUAAUAAAAACUAUUCAAACUCUUCUAAAAAGGUCACUUUCUUCCUUCCAAAGCUUCUUCUAUGGAAACUAACACCAAUAUCAACAUCAAGAGAAGAACUACAACCAUGGAUCAAGAAUCAGAACAACAACAAUUCGAGGACUUGCUUCCGGUCAUGGCCGAGAAACUCGACGUGGAGACAUUCGUCUCUGAAAUUUGUGGGGGUUUUAAACUCCUAGCAGACCCUGAAAAGGGCGUGAUCACGAGCGAGAGCCUGCGUAGGAACGCGGCUCUCCUCGGCAUGGAAGGGAUGAGUAUGGAGGAUGCUGAGGAUAUGGUAAGACAAGGUGAUCUUGAUGGUGAUGGAAAAUUGAAUGAGACCGAGUUUUGUAUACUUAUGGUUAGGCUUAGCCCUGGCAUGAUGGAAGAUGCUGAGUCAUGGCUUGAAAAAGCAAUUGAAGAAGAGCUAAGGAAAUUCUCAACUUAAACAUAAAUUUAUAACAUGUAAGUUAAUUAUAUUAAUAUAUGUAUGUAAUCUUGACAAUUUUAUUACUUGGAUAAGUUUAAUGAAGCUAAUCUAUGUCAUUAAAGUGAA